AUGGCAAUGAUUCUUGGGUUAUUAUGGACUGGGAUUGUUGACGUAAAUGGAAUGAUUGCAGGUUUUGAUGCUGGUCUUGGUCAGAUCUCACACAUUGAGAUGACUAAAAUUAAUUUCAAGAAUGAUCAUCGCAAUUUAGUGUUGUUCAAGGAGGACAUGCUGUUGGUUAUUCAGAGUCGUAUUUAUGAUCGCCAGGCUGGUCAUCUUACUUAUGAGACAGUGGGGUUUAAGGUUUACAAGAUGAACUGGAAUGAGCGCAAGUGGGAACAAAUACAAAGUUUGGGAGAACACUCGUUGUUUAUAGGGACCAAAUCUUCACUUUGCUGUUGUGCUGCUGAUUUUGUUGGUUGUCGUCCAAAUUGUAUCUAUUUCACCUAUUUCACCGACUAUGUUAAUGGGAAAGAUGUUGGUAUCUAUAAUUUAUCAGACAAGAGCAUUGAGCCAUUGCCUGGUUAUCUGUCAAAUUCAUAUGGUCAUUCAGUUUGGGUCGAGCUAACUCCAUGA